AUGGGUUGGCACACGGUCGUCGAGGACCUGAAGAAGUUUUGGGUCUUCGAACACCCGGUCGGCAGCAAUCAAUUCAAGGUGCUGCAAGAGUGUUCGUUGGAGCUGCAGAAAGGACUUUCCGAGGUCGAGCACAAGGAGAAUCUGAUGCUCGACAAGUCCGACAAGAAGCAGGUGGAACAGCAGCAGCGGGAGGCUGUUCUGAGGCGGAUUGAAGAAGACAAUCAAGACAGGCAGCGGGCCCAGGCCCGCAAGCGGCAAGCUGAGAGCGCUGCGCCAACAUCAAGCUGA